AUGUCGAGGCCUAAUCCAGACACUAACGCCCAUCAGACAUCAUUGCCGACGGCUAUCAGCAAUGAUAGAUCUCACUCGACCGACGACGUCAAUUUGGCCACAGCCAAUUUGACAAAAAGAAAUGGCCGUCCUACGACUUACUCUGAGAAGACUACUGUUAUCGAGGAUAGUGGAGAAUCAAUAGGAGGCGCAUCGUCGAAGCCCACUUAUGAUCAUACACACCGGAAGCUGAAGCCUAGACAUAUUCAGCUUAUCGGUAUCGGGGGCACGAUUGGUACAGCUCUCUAUGUCCAGGUCGGUAAAAGUUUGAUGAAGGGUGGCCCUGGCAGUCUGUUCCUGGCAUUUUCGAUUUGGUGUUUCGUCAUCCUGGCCAUUACCGUCUGUACGCAACCCCAGUCUCCAAGCCCCAAAUUGCUCUCCCCAGCAAUGCCGCCUGCUACCUGGGCUCCAGAUGCAGCUCUCCUCAUUCGUACCAUUGAGUGCCCUGAAGCGACAAUCUCCCGUUUCCCUUCAUGCUGCCCAUGCGACUCCCUGGCUAUUCUACACUACGAGACCUUGGCUAUGUAG